GCGAAUUGCUUCAAGCCCAAUCGCAGUAUGUCAAGUCAGCUCAUCAAACCGUGAAAGCGUAGGCGAUCCAAGAUGGCGGCUGUUGUAGAGAAUGUUGUCAAACUGCUGGGGGAGCAGUACUACAGGGAUGCCAUGGAGCAGUGCCACAAUUAUAACGCUCGCCUGUGUGCUGAGAGGAGUGUCCGCAUGCCCUUCCUGGACUCUCAGACGGGCGUGGCCCAGAGCAACUGCUAUAUUUGGAUGGAGAAGAGACACAGGGGACCAGGGAUGGCUCCUGGGCAGCUCUACACUUACCCCUCUCGCCGGUGGAGGAAAAAGCGGCGAGCGCACCCGCCAGAGGACCCCCGCCUCGCUUUUCCUCCCCUUAAAUCAGAGCUGGACCUGGGGCUGAAGAAGGACUCCCUGGCCUCCAGUGACGGCAGUAGCCUGGAGGCCCUGCUGAAGGCGGAGCCGCUGGAGAAGCGGGCCGCUCCGGAGCUGCGGGGGCCAGAGGACGACCCUGGCCUGGCCGAGUUCACCGGGGGAGGCCUCAACCCCGCCGCCCGCGUCAGGAAGAGAAUCCUCGAGCCUGACGACUUUCUAGAUGACCUGGAUGAUGAAGACUAUGAGGAAGACACCCCUAAGAGACGUGGGAAAGGAAAAGGAAAGGGCCGGGGGGUGAGCAGUUCCAGGAAGAAGAUGGACGCUGCUGCCGCUGCGCUGGAGGACCGGGACAAGCCGUACGCCUGCGACAACACUUUCAAACAAAAGCAUAUUUCAAAACCUUCUGAACGAGUUUGCGGGAAGCGCUAUAAGAACCGCCCGGGAUUGAGCUACCACUACGCCCACUCUCACCUGGCGGAGGAGGAGGGCGAGGACAAGGAGGAGGCCGAAAUGCACGCCCCAACCCCCCCGCAGCCGGACGAGCCCAAGACACCCAAAAAAGGACCAGAUGGCCUGGCACUGCCUAACAACUACUGCGACUUCUGCCUGGGCGACUCCAAAGUCAACCACAAGACGGGUCAGUCGGAGGAGCUGGUGUCCUGCUCCGACUGCGGCCGCUCAGGGCACCCGUCCUGCCUGCAGUUCACCCCGGUGAUGAUGGCGGCGGUGAAGACGUACCGCUGGCAGUGCAUCGAGUGCAAGUGCUGCAACAUCUGCGGGACUUCAGAGAACGACGACCAGCUGCUGUUUUGCGAUGACUGUGAUCGAGGAUACCACAUGUACUGCCUCAAUCCCCCUAUGGCCGAGCCCCCUGAAGGAAGCUGGAGUUGUCAUUUGUGUUUGGACCUGUUGAAGGACAAGGCUUCUAUAUAUCAGAACCAGAACGCACCCCCUUCGUGAUGGGUUCAUCCACACUGGUCACCAAAACCAACCACCCAACCCCCGCUCCUCCCCACCCAGUCCAUGGAAACUUCACAGAAUCCGCUGCGGACCUCUGAAAAGGGAAACUAAUCACACCCCAUCCUGGAGCGGGGCGGGGAAAGAUGGAGCAGCCCCACUUUCACCACCUUCCUGGUCUCUUUGUACUAUGACUGUUAGAGUUCCAAACAACAGUUCCCAAGGGCCUUUGUUUCCGACGCUUAGCAUAUCUAUAUGUAAUUCAGGUAGUGCUUCAUGUGCUGGUUUACGUGCCGUUUUCUGUUCCGAUCAAGCGACCUUACCCAGUCACGAGUUCUGUAACGAGGAUAUUUUCUUUGCUCUGGUUGUACAUGCACUGUUUACUCUGUACAGCAGAUUUCUGUGGCCACGUCCAGUUACUCUCAUCUGAGAAUUUAGGACAUUUACAAAGAAGACCUUAUGCAACAGUCAGGAGCCAAACUAUACGAGUCUAUAUUAGAACCUUGCUUUUCAUUAGUUUCCAAGACACCUGCUGUUGUUCGAGGUGGCGGUUGUGUCUGUAGGAGACAGUGAUAGUGGAGAUCAAUCAGCAUGCCAAUGCUUGUUCCUAGUGGGAAAAUGGUAAAUGUUUUGUAUAUUUAUAUAUUUGUAGAGCAUAUAAAGAUGUUAAAAGUAUUUAAGAUUGGGGUGAGAGAGGAAAUGACUGGUCGUUAUGGUAAUUGUGUGGUUUUAUCUUUACAAACGACAGCAAAGGACCAUAUUAGGAAGCUUAGGAGUGACUGGGGGGGAAUGAAGAUGUGCGGGUGCCAUCCCUCAGGUUCUCAUGAUUUAUCUACUUCAGUGCAGCGGCCAUAGUCCCUGGGUCUGGGGAUGGUGUUUCACUGGGAUGGAGAGGAACCCAUGUGCUGCUGUGAGGAGAGGUGAGGGGGGUGGUGGGUUUGAGUGUCUAUAGGUUUGGGUGCGGCCUGUCCAAAGCCACUGACCAGCUUCCCACUGACUGAGAUCCUUUCUAUACUGUUAUGUACAGGUGUCCUCCCCCCUGCCUCUACAGUUCAGCCUGUGUGCGGGCAGGGAAGCACACCAGUUGCCCGUACCCCAGUACUCCUGUGGCUGGAAUAUGAGGCUGCCUAGUGGCCCCUGGCUGGCACGCUGGCUUGGGCCGGGUUGAGCUAAAAACCUGAGCUUGGCGAUAUGCUUCUGGGGGGAAAAAACGUCACUCAUCAAUGUUGAUAUAUGAUGGCAACAGGGCCAUGCUGUUUACAUGUGGUCAAUGAAGUUUGGAAUGAAACCUACCACAACCUGCCAGAGAUAGUUGUUAUUGCGCUAAAAAACUACUGUGCAGGUGAUAUCGCCCAGGCCUACAAAAAAAAAAAAAACCUUUUCCCAGAGUUUAUUUUACAUAAUGUGGGGCGUUUUAAUUCGGCUGUUGCUGCUCCGCUGAGCCAUUGGACCAGUUGGAGGAGUCACUGGUGGGUCAAAGGAUGUCUGCCAGUAACUUUGUUUGGUCGAGCCUGUACUGAGUAACUUUACAAUUGGCCGGUUAGUUUUCUCCAAUAAUUAAUUGGUGGAGAUGUCUUGACAUGAUAAUACUUUUUGCAAUCAAAUUGUGAUGGGAAGGAACCCAGCAGAUACAGUAGUCUUGUGUCUGGACGUCCAAUUCCUGGCCUAAGACUCAAAAGUCUUUUGUGUUCUAGCUCUGUUCAAGCUGCUUGAAGGGGCUAUGAGCAAAACUUGGAUCACUUCUAAUUUAUUUGUAUUAUUUCCUAAAAUGUCAUUGUCACUUCUCCAAGAUUUCAGCAGAGGGUGGCAUUGAGCUGUAUGCUUGGUGCUCUUGUUGCAGUGGUGACUUAAAGGGAUUGUUAUUGGCCAAUAUAGCUCUUAUUCCAGCUCCAAUUGGUAGUUGAUAGGCUCCCACUUUAAAGAGAAAGAAACCUGUAUAAAUGGAACCAUUAUUAAUUUGCGCACCCCCACUAGCAAUGCUAUCAGUUUUAAUGGUAAAUUGUUUUCCAAAAAGACAUACUUUGAGGUAUAGCCAUAAACGGUAGAUGGAUAAUUUCAUUUACUGGAUUGUUUUUAAUAAUUCCAAGAAGAUAAAGGCCAAGUUUAAAAUGUAACCUAAAUGCAUAUCCCUGAAAUCACCCACCCGUGUUUCGGGAAAGAGGGAUUUUAGAAGUCCUAUUAGAAGUGCAUUUCUGGUGUUGAGCUACAUGUUUAUUUAACCUUUAGUUCACCAGAAAUACCACAUUUGAGAUCGAAAUCUCUUUUCCAAGGGGGACCUCAUGAGCCGCUCAAGUGACAUUUGCACUCUUACAGUACUUACAUACUGAAGUAUGUACCAUAGCAAGCAAUCUUUAAAACAUCCUGAUUUACAAAAUAUUUUGAUCGUAGAUAAACAUUGCAAUGCGAACACAGAGCGGAGACUCGGAAUUCAGACAGCAAGUGAAUUUAUGGGCUAGAGGGCUAAUCCUUCGCCAUUAGCAGGGUGUGAUGUUUUCCGUGGUUUUGCAAGUUUUAAUUGGAUGGUUGUCAAACCGUUAUUUUACCUCAAGUUCAAUAAUAACAGUAUUUGAAGACGCAUCAGAGACGGAUGGUAGCAAAUGGCAACAAUCGCUGAAGAAGCUUGAAUCCUUUUACUGCAUUUAGACAGUACCUAUUAAAUACAAUGAAGUGCAUGUAAAUGUGUGCACACUCAAUUUCAUUAUGCUCAAAUUUGUAUGACAUACUUGCUUUUGGGGAGACUUUUUUUGUUUGUUUUUUGUUGCAAGUUUUGUAAAAAUGACUUGGUCAUCAUGUUUUGUCAAUAGCCAACUAACCAUUACUACUAAAACAUUACACAUAUGUUAACUAUACUAUAUAGUAUAACUAUUUUCUUUAAAAAAGAUUGAGAGACGGUGGCCAUUGCAAUAUUUAUGUAAUCAGUUAAUUCUGUUUUUCUUAUUUGUCAGUGGUAUUUACUAGGUUCAUGUAAACUUUUUUGUUCGAUUUGAUUUAUCAUUGGAUGGUUCAUUUUUAUGGUACAGGGUAUUUUUUCUUCUUUUUUUUCUCUUCUUUUUUCUGGA